AGAGUCAAGCUGUUACGCAGGAAAGAGUAGUAAUAGAAUUAGUAUAUAAGGAGAACUACCUCUGCUCAUUUCUAUCAUUGUAGUAGAGCUGACAACCAUAUCUCCUUGGUUGAGAGAGGGAAUUGAAGUGGGUUGCAGGGUUCAGCUAAAAGGGUUUUCAAUUCCAAGAUGAGGGCUAACUUCCUUCUUCUGGUCUCUCUAACAAUUCUCUGUGUUUCUGGGGUUUGUCAAGGUUGGUUCUUAAGGAAGAACUUCUACCAACAUUGCUGCCCCAAAGCCGAGGAGACCAUUAAGUCUGUCAUUUGGAAAAGAGUAGCUGCUGAUUCUGGGUUGCCUGCAGAACUCCUCAGGAUGCAUUUCCAUGACUGCUUUGUCAGGGGUUGCGAUGGCUCAGUGUUGCUGGACUCCCCUAAUAACACAGCUGAGAAGGACUCAGCUCCAAACCUAACUUUGGAAGGUUUUGAUGUUAUCGAUGAGGCCAAGACUGCAGUCGAGAAAAUCUGCCCAGGAAUUGUUUCAUGUGCAGAUAUCCUCGCUUUGGCUGCUAGAGAUUCUGUUUCCUUCCAAUUCAAGAGACCCUUGUGGGAGGUGCUCACGGGCAGAAGAGAUGGAAGAGUGUCGCGUAAAUCUGAGGCGGAUGCCAACAUCCCUUCACCUUUCUCAGACUUCAACACUCUUAAACAAAACUUUAAGGCCAAAGGCCUCACUGUCCAUGAUCUUGUGGUUUUAUCAGGUGCACAUACCAUUGGGCAUGGACACUGCAAUCUGUUCAGCAACAGACUCUAUAACUUCAGAGGGAAAGGAGAUGCAGACCCUUCAUUGGAUCCAACUUAUGCAGCCUUCCUGAGGAACAAAUGCCGGAGCCUUGCAGACAACACCACCACGGUGGCCAUGGAUCCCCAGAGCGACGAAUCUUUCGAUACCCACUACUUUGUAAACCUGAAACAACACAAGGGUCUCUUCCAGUCUGAUGCUGCCCUUCUCACCAACAAGGUCUCUGUGAAUAUUGUUAAUGAAUUGCUCAACUCGCACAGGUUCUUUACGGAAUUCGCCAUUUCCAUAAAGAAGAUGGGAGACAUUGAAGUCCUUACUGGGACUGCUGGAGAGAUCAGGAAGAAGUGCAAUGUUGUGAACUAUUUUACCUAUGGUUGUGAUGCUUCGGUGUUACUGGACUCCCCAGAUAAAACGGCUGAGAAAGACGCAGCUCCAAAUCUCACAUUGGAAGGUUUCGAUGUUAUCGACGAGGUCAAGACUGCAGUCGAUAAAAUCUGCCCAGGAGUGACUUCGUGUGCAGAUAUCGUCGCUUUGGCUGCUAGAGAUGCUGUUUCCUUCCAAGUUUUUGGAUCUUUUGAUUCUGGGUGGGAAAAAAUGAAAACAAGCUUUCUUAUUUUCUGGGUUUUUCUUGGUGCAUUAGGAGUUGCUAGAGUUUGCAAUGGAGGUGUUCUGAAGAGGAAUUUCUACAGGUACAACUGCCCACAAGCUGAGGAAAUUGUGAAGAGUAUCACAUGGAGGAGGGUGGAAGCUAGCCCAGAGUUGGCAGCUAAGCUUCUAAGAAUGUAUUUCCAUGAUUGCUUCGUAAGGGGUUGCGAUGCAUCAGUCCUAUUAGACACAGUUGGGAGUGAGACAUCUGAGAAGGAUGCACCACCUAAUCUCUCGCUGGCGGGCUUUGAUGUCAUUGAUGAAAUCAAGUUUCAAAUCGAGCAGAUUUGUCCGAGAACUGUAUCCUGUGCUGACAUUCUGGCCUUGGCUACACGAGACUCGGUUUCCUACCAAUUUCAGAGACCCAUGUGGAGUGUCCUGACUGGGAGAAGAGAUGGAAAUGUUUCUCUUGCAUCAGAGGUUCUGUCAAACUUAGCUUCCCCGUUCGCAAACUUCAACCAACUCCAACAACUCUUUGCUAGCAAGGGACUCAACACUAAAGAUCUUGUGGUCUUGUCAGGUGCACACACACUAGGGGUGUCUCACUGCAGCAUUAUCUCGAACAGGCUCUACAACUUCGAUGGCCAAGGCAACCCAGAUCCUUCUCUGAACCCAGCAUAUGCCGACUUCUUGAGAACCCAGUGCCCCAACCCAGCAGACCCUUCAACAGUAGUAGAGAUGGACCCCCAGAGCUCCCUCAACUUCGAUAACCAUUACUUCGCCAUCGUCAACCAGAACAUGGGUCUGUUCCAGUCAGAUGCAGCGCUCCUCACCGACCCAGUUUCAGCCAUGACAGUUCAGUCUCUACAGAAUGCCAAUACCUUCUUCUCCGAGUUCACAAAAUCACUUACAAAGAUGGGAAACAUUGGAGUGCUCACCGGGAACGAAGGAGAGAUUAGGACGCAGUGCCGAGUGGUGAAUUCAUCGUGAAUUCAAUCUAUCAUUGGUUGCUGAUCAAGAAGCAAAAUAAGCCAUUAAUGUUAGCUAAUGAAGUAGAUGUUUGAAUUAAAUAAGUCGGAAUAACAACGUAGGUUCUAUCUGGGGAAUGUUCUUCUUCGUGCAUGACUUUGCAUUCUGGAGUUGGGAUGCUGUGCAUGACUGAGAGUCGUUUAUCAAUGAAUAAUUGCUUCAUAUCUUUUAUGGACCGAA